UCGUGUUAAAUAAAUGUAAUUAAAUAUAUGAAAUAUCAAAUAAAAUAAAGUACAAAGAAAAGACGUAAAUUCCGCGGCACGUGUGUGGGCGGGGGAGGCGAAACGCGGUGCUUUGGAUGCUACGCAAUAAUUCAACGCUACGCAAUUUCAGCUGCUGCUGACGCUGCUGUCGCUGCCGCUGCCGCUACGCACCUGCUAAACCUGAAGCGCUGCUGCGGCCAUCGCCGUCACCGUCUCCGUCGCUGCUGACGUGUGCAAACGAGAGCGAAUCGACGACAGGAUAUUUAACAACAACAAUAACAACUACUACUCAUACUACAACAACAACAGCAACAAACUGCACGACAAAAUUAACGAAGUGUCAGUACAAUUGAACGACACAACGCAUGCAUACACACUCACACACACAAACACACACGCACGCAUACUCGAAUAGAACAAUCAAAAGCUAACGAAAAACACAAAUUGCAGUAAAAAAAAUUGCAGCGAGUUGCAUAAAAAAAUCCUGCUUAAGAAUAAGUGCACACAGACACGCUCACAGGCACACGCACAUAGAAGCGCGACAAAGCAAAAGCAGAGAAAAGAAAACAUUAAAAAAAGGGCAAACAGUGCGCGCACAAACAAGGUGGAAAGUAAAAAAGUUGUUUGUCAACUUGUGGCGUCCAUUGCACACACAAACAUUCCCUCUGCAACACCCAGCAGCAGCACCAGCAGCAGCUCCCCUCAAAUGUUGCAGCAACAAAGUGUCUGGCUGUACUGCUACUGCUACCAAGUGGAAAUGCAAGUCCAGUGUGCAUGCAACAGCGCCUGCGGCCAGUGCUAAGCAACAGCGUAAGAAGCAGCAGCAGCAGCAGCAUUAGAAGAGAGCAGCAAUAGAAGAGUGCAGCAGCAAUCCCUUGCAGCCAUGUCAACGGUCACUCGCAGCGCCAGCGCCAGCCCCUGCAUGGCCCUCAAUGGCAUCAUCGACGCAAGCCUCUUCCCACUCAAAUCCACGUCGGAUGUGGUCAAUCUCUUUAGACGCGCCCUCACCAGCGCCAUUGAGCCCGAUCUGACGCUGCUCUCCAUCGUUGUUGGCUACAUUGAGCUGUCGCUGACCACCGGCGAGGCGGCCCAAGCGGCGCAGGCAGCCCAAGCGGCUCUAGGUGGCAGCAAUGAGGUAAUCAUGGGUAACAGCGUGCCCUUUCCCGUGGUGACACACGAGCUGAUUGCCGGAUUGUACAAGAAGUUCCAGACGAUAUUGUCGGUGGUGGACAAACCGAAGCCGCAUCGCCAGGCGACGCGGGAGAUUAUCAAGAAGGUGUCGGAUGUGAUAUGGAAUUCGCUGAUACGCAGCAGCUACAAGGAUCGAGCACAUCUGCAGAAUCUGUAUAGCUAUCUAUCUGGCAAUAAGUUGGACUGCUUCGGCGUGGCGCUGGCCACCACCGCCGGCUGCCAGCUACUGGGCUAUCGAGAUGUUCGUCUAGCCAUUUCCGAGGAUCAUGCGUGGGUUGUAUUCGGGCAGAAGCAUGUGGAGUGCAUUGAAGUGACCUGGCACGGCAAGGGCAGCGAGGAUAAACGCGGCCAGGACAUUAGCGCAGGCAUUGAGUCCGGCUCAUGGUUGUACCUAGGCGGCCUAGCAGUGGUCUGUGAACGUGGCAUGGAGGUAGCUGCCAUCUGCGUAGCUUUAAAUAUAUCCCUCAGUGCGAACAGCGAUUGCGUUGAAGUGGCUGAGCUGCAGCAGCAGCUGCUGUGGCUGCUCUACGAUCUGGGACACCUUAAGCGCUAUCCCAUGGCUCUGGGUCUGCUUGGCGAGCUGGAGGAGAUCAAUCGCACGCAUCGUAGCAUCAGCUGCGAACAACUAUUCCGUGAAGCAAUUGAAUCUUCUCGCAGCCAUUACCACAAUCAUCACGUCUAUCCGCACAUCUUUCAGGGCAACUAUUACAAUCGUUUGCUCAAAUAUCGCGAAGCCUUUGCCGCCUGGGCUAACGCGGCGGAUGUAAUACGCUUGUAUACGUAUCAAUGUCGAGACGAUGAGGAGAUCUACAAGGAGCUGCUGGACAUUGCCAAUGAGCUAAUACCCUAUGUGAUGAAGACCGAGAGCUCGGGUCAUUCUGCUCGUAGCAUUUUACGUGACGCGGAGGUGUUUGCCAAUUUGUUGCGCUUCUAUGAUGGCAUCUGUCAGUGGGAGGAGGACAGCCUAACGCCCAUUCUACACAUUGGCUGGGCGAAGCCGCUGGUCACGAACAUAACUAAAUUCGACCACGACAUACGCUCUCAAGUGGUCAUCAAGCUGCCUGAAGAUCUGGAGGCUGAGCAGGCUGCAGCACUGGAGGCUAAAAAGAAAGCUGCAGCUGCAGCCACAGCAGCUGCAGCAGCAGUAGCUGUCGAGGCAUCGCUUCAUUUGGAGGGCAACAACAACAAUAACAACACGGUUGUUAAGAAGGAUGAGAAAUCUAAAUCGGAAUUGCCAACAACUUUGGCGGACCUGACAGCUGCGUGUGGCGAAAAGAUAUUGAAUCCAGAUUUUUUGCUGCAGGGCGGCGGUCAGCCGUUCGCUGAUCAAAAGCAACAAGCAGCAGCAGAGCAAACAACGUCCAGCGAAUUGUCGCACAACAACAACAACAACAGCAGCAGCAACAAUGCUGAGAAGGAGGCUACAACAAUAAGCAACAAUGGCAACAAUGAGGCUAACAGCAACAACAACGAGCAGCGGCAGCAGCAACAGCAACAGCAACAACAGCAGCACAAAGAAGCUAAAGUAGAGGAGAGCAGCCAAGUGGAGCUACCGAACAGCAAUCAGCCAACAGUUGUUGAUGAUUACGAUCCCUUCGAGAUAAUGCUGAAACGUCCAGUGAUCACGUUGUAUAGUCAGAAAAUGAAAGGGCUGAAGGAUCUGCUGCUAGCCGAGAAGCUAAACACGCAUGCUAUUUCUCUACAGGUGACCGCUCAGUCGGUGGCAUCGCGUAAGGUGCGUGGCGGAGGCGCCGACAGUCGACAGCCGGCGACCAUAUCGGCGACUAUAACAGCUAUAGCCUCGACAGAAGGCGCGAGUAUUGGAGGCAGUGCAGCGAGCGCCACAUCAACCGAUUCGUUUGCACCCACGCGACCGAAGCGCACAAGGCGCGAGUAAAAAAAGAAACAAAAACAAAAGGAAAACUAAAAACCAGUUGAAGUAAUGUGUAGUGAUUUGUUGUUUGUAAUUAUAUUAUAUAUAUUUAUAUAUGUAUGUAUAUCAGAUAAUGUAAGCUCAGCUCCCAAAGGAGCAGCGAGUAGGGCAUUCGCUGCAAAGGCAGCUAGCAGAUAUCGCGUACAAGUAAAACACUCGCUGUAAA